CUGCAACAUGUCCAGCAGUGAGGCAGAGGCCAUGGCCAGCCCCAAGGUGGAGGCGGAGGAAUCCCCGCAGCAGCCCAGCGUGGGGGAGCGCAUGGCCAGCUUGCCCCUCAUCAGCUCCACAUGCCAACUGGUGUCCACCGCCUACAAUGCCACCAAGGACAGCUACCAGCCCGUCAAGACCGUGUGCGAGGCGGCUGAGAAGGGGGUGCGGACCCUCUCGGCGGCCGCCCUCAGCGGGGCCCAGCCCAUCCUCUCGAAGCUGGAGCCCCAGAUCAAUUCGGCCAGCGAGUAUGCCCACAUGGGCUUGGACAAGCUGGAGGACAAUAUGCCCAUCUUGCAGCAGCAGCCAGAGAAGGUCCUGGCUGAUACCCGGAACCUGGUGUCAUCCAAGAUGUCGGAGGCCCGAGAGGCCGUGGUCAGCGCCAAGGACACAGUGGCCAGCCGCGUGACGGAGGCCGUGGGUGCCACCAGGGGCGCCGUGCAGAACAGCGUGGACAUGACUAAGUCCGCCGUGACCAGUGCCAAGGACACGGUGGCCAGCUGCAUGACAGAGGCGGUGGGUGUCACGAGGGGUGCCGUGACCAGCGGUGUCCAGUCAGUCAUGGGUUCCCGCGUAGGCCAGGCGGUGCUGAGCGGUGUGGACACGUUGCUGAGCAAGUCGGAGGCGUGGAUGGACAACCACCUGCCCAUGACAGAUGCUGAGCUGGCCCGCCUGGCCACAUCCCUGGACGGCGUGGACAUCGCGUCUGUGCAGCAGCAGCGGCAGGAACAGAGCUACUUCGUGCGCCUGGGCUCCCUGUCGGAGCGGCUGCGCCAACGGGCCUUCGAGCACUCGCUGGGCAAGCUCCAGCGCAGUCGCCAGAGCGCGAACGAGACACUGCAGCAGCUGACCCAGGCGCUCAGUCUGAUGGAAACCGUCAAACAGGAGGCGGGUCAGAAGCUGGCAGAGGGGCAAGAGAAACUGCACCAGAUGUGGCUUAACUGGCACAAGAAACAGUUCCCAGAUGCGGAGGCAGUUGUGGACAAGCUAGAGCAGGUGGAGUCGGAGACGCUCGACAUGACCAGGGGCCUCACGCAGCAAUUGCAGACCAUGUGUUCGGGGCUGGGCCCCAGCGUCCAGGGGCUUCCGAUGCAAGCCAAGGAGCAGCUUCGGCAUGUGGGCAGUCUGCUGGACCACCUCCAGGCCACCUUUUCAGGGGCACGUGCCUUCAGGGACCUGCCCGCCAGUGUCCUGGCCCAGAGUCGCCAGCAGGUGGCCGAGGCCCGAGAGGCCCUGAACCACAUGGUGGACUACGUGGCCCAAAACACGCCCAUCAUGUGGCUGGUGGGGCCCUUCGCCCCCGGAAUCACCGAGAAAGCCCCCGAGGAGCAACAGCCGCAGUAAGGGUGGGUGGCAGCCGUGGACACUCCUGGGUAACCUCGCUCCCUCCUCAGGAGGCUUCAACUCUUCCCUAAUUUGGGAAGUUGGGGUCCUCAAAACUAACCCCCCUUACACAUAUAUAUACACACACACAAACACGGGUUGGAAGAAGGU